UCGCGCCUGCAGGGCCGUCCUUGCGGCCGCCUUCGCAGAGCGCGCGGAGCGCAGCCUGCACGGAGCCAGGGAGCGCGGAGGCCCGCGACACCGAGGGAGCCCCUGGAGGGGCCGAAGGCGCCUGCCUGGCCGAUGGUUCUGUGAGGGGAAAGAGCUGUACAACACUCCCGACCUUCAGAUCCGCUGCGAGGGCGGAGACCUGCACACCCUGGUCAUCGCAGAGGCCUUCGAGGACGACACAGGCCGCUAUACCUGUCUGGCUACAAACCCCAGCGGCUCAGAAGCGACGUCUGCCGAGGUGUUCAUUGAAGGUGCCAGUUCAACAGACUCUGACGGUGAAAGUUUGACUUUCAAAUCAAAGCCUGGAGCCAUGCCUCAAGCUCAAAAGAAAACCACUUCCGUUUCCUUGACGAUAGGAUCAUCAUCUCCAAAGACAGGGGUGACCACAGCUGUGAUCCAACCAUUAUCUGUCCCUGUUCAGCAGGUUCACAGUCCAACCUCGCAUCUCUGCCGACCUGAUGGAACUACUUCUGCCUACUUUCCUCCUGUUUUUACAAAGGAGCUGCAGGACACAGCCACCUCAGAGGGGCAGGUGGUGGUUCUGGAGUGCCGGGUCCGAGGAGCUCCCCCUUUGCAGGUCAAGUGGUUCCGACAAGGGAGUGAAAUCCAAGACUCGCCUGAUUUCAGAAUUCUACAGAAAAAACCUAGAUCUACAGCUGAACCUGAGGAGAUCUGUACCCUCGUCAUCGCUGAGACCUUCCCAGAAGACGCAGGGGUCUUCACGUGCUCAGCAAGGAAUGACCACGGAUUGGUAACGAGCACGGCCCAGCUGGUGGUCACCGCAGCCAGCGCUGAAAACUGCAGCUCAGACUCCAUGGAAGAACCCCACAGCGGCCGCCUCCGGGAGUUCCCACCGCCCCCUCCGGCCUUGGAGACAAGUUCCUUUGAGUGGGCUUCGAAGAAACCAUCGGAGAUCCAGCAGGUGAACAGCCCGGAAAUCGGACUUAGCACAGCAGCUCUGCAGAGGCAUUUCGGUUCUGCUGAGAGGGAAGCGAAUGGUGUGCACCCCAGCCGUGGGGUGAAUGGACUGGGCAGCAGCAAGGCCAGCAGCACCAAGCCUCUCCCAGCGCCAGCUCUCCUGCCCUCACCCACCAAGGAGCCACCGCCGCUGCUUGCCAAGCCCAAACUGGACCCGCUGACGCUGCAGCUCCUGCAGGACCGCGCGCGCCGGGACCAGGAGGCGGGCGCCGCCGCCCCGCCGUCCGCCGCGCCCAUGAGCGCGCUCGCCCCCCGCGCCGCGGCCGCUCCGCAGCCGUCGGGCGCCUUCAAGUACGCGCGGCCCAAGCAGUUCAUCGCCGCGCAGAACCUGGGCCCCGCGACCCCCACGCCGCCCAUGACCCCGACGACCCCGACGUCGCCCACGACCCCCGCGCCCUGGCGCUGCGCCCGCGACUGCGGAGCCGACGCCGACGCCCCGUGGUGCCCGUCCUCGCCGUCGCCACCGCCGCCGCCGCCGCCGCUCAGCCCCACGGCUGCGUUCCAGGGGCCCGACGCGUUCCCGCCGCCGCCGCCGCCGCUCCCGAGCGCCAACGCCGCCCGCCCCGGCCAGACGCCCGCCGCCUUCCUCAGCGCCCUGCUGCCGUCGCCGCCGCCGCCGCCGCCGCCUCCCGUCAACGCCCUGGGCCUGCCCCGCAGCGUCACCCCCGCGCGGCUUCCCAGGAAGGCCGGCAGGGCCGCCAGGAUGGCCUCCGAGGAGGACAUCCAGGGCACCAAGGACGCCGUCAUCCAGGACCUGGAGCGGAAGCUGCGCUUCAAGGAGGACGUGCUCAACAACGGCCAGCCGAGAUUAACCUACGAAGAACGAAUGGCCCGUCGGUUACUAGGUGCUGACAGCGCGACCGUCUUUAACCUUCAGGAACCAGAAGAGGAGACGACCGGCCAGGAAGUCGGGGCUCCUCCUGCUUCUGUAGGCGGUCCUCUGGGCGCCCAAAAGGAGUACAAGGUCUCCAGCUGUGAACAGAGGCUCAUCAGUGAGAUCGAGUACCGGCUAGAAAGGUGCCCUGUGGACGGGACGGGCGACGAGGCGCAGUGUGGCGCCCUGCCCGUGGAGAACGGGGCGGCUCCAGGCUUCGAGGUGAAGCUGAGACACUACAAGGUCUUUGAAGGGAUGCCAGUGACUUUCACCUGCAGGGUGACCGGGAAUCCAGAGCCAAAGAUCUAUUGGUUCAAAGAUGGGAAGCAGAUCUCUCCUAAGAGUGAUCACUAUACCGUUCAGAGGGAUCCAGAUGGGACCUGUUCUCUGCGUACUGAGGCCUCCACCCUCGAUGAUGAUGGGAAUUACACGAUCAUGGCCGCAAACCCCCAGGGUCGCAUCAGCUGCACCGGGCGGCUGAUGGUCCAGGCCGUCCACCAGAGAGGCCGUAGUCCCCGCAGCCCCUCCGGCCAUCCCCAUGUCAGAAGGCCUCGUUCUCGAUCAAGGGACAGUGGAGAUGAAAGCGAGCCGGUUCAGGAGCGGUUCUUCAGGCCUCACUUCCUACAAGCGCCCGGAGACCUGACGGUUCAGGAAGGAAAGCUCUGCAGGAUGGACUGCAAAGUCAGUGGGUUACCAACCCCGGAGCUGAGCUGGCAGCUCGACGGGAAGCCCAUCUGCCCCGACAGCGCCCACAAGAUGCUCGUGCGUGAGAACGGGGUGCACUCGCUGAUCAUAGAGCCGGUCACAUCGCGCGACGCUGGCAUCUACACGUGCACCGCCACCAGCCGAGCGGGACAGAACUCAUUCAGCCUGGAGCUGGUAGUUGCCGCUAAAGAAGCGCACAAACCCCCUGUGUUCAUUGAGAAGCUGCAGAACACAGGCGUUGCUGACGGGUACCCAGUGCGACUGGAGUGCCGUGUGUUGGGAGUGCCUCCGCCGCAGAUAUUUUGGAAGAAAGAAAACGAGUCACUCACCCAGAGCACUGACCGCGUGAGCAUGCACCAGGACAGCCGCGGCUCCCUCUGCCUGCUCAUCCAGGGGGCCACGCGGGAGGAUGCCGGGUGGUACACGGUGUCGGCCAAGAACGAAGCAGGGAUCGCAUCCUGUACCGCCAGGCUGGAUGUUCACACCCAGUGGCAUCAGCAGCCGCAGAGCACCAGGCCAAAGAAAGUCCGGCCCUCAGCCAGUCGCUACGCGGCACUUUCGGACCAGGGGCUGGAUAUCAGGGCAGCGUUCCAGCCCGAAGCCAGCCCGUCCCACCUGGCGCUGAACGCCGGGCUGGUGGAGAGCGAGGACCUGUGACCCCGCCCCCCAGGGGGGCCUGGACCACGCAGCCGCCAUGGCCCCCACCACCGGCUCCUCUGCCGUGUCACGUAAAAGGCAAAGACGUGCCUUUGACUAUAAGAAAGAAAAAACACAAAAAUAUUUUUUUUUUAGAGUUUAAGUAGGCGAUCUAACAGAAAUGUACACAUUGCACAGAAGAUUCACAUUCAUCGUCCAAUUUACAACUUACGGAGUUGCUGUAAUUAAAGUGUCUGAAAUGCUAAAAUGCUGAAGAAAUCAGUUGAUCAAAGGCAACCAGGAUCCGUCUCACCUGACGUGCCUUUAGCCACUGGCUGUUGGUGUUCGUCGCGUGUUUCCGGGGAACGAUCCCGAGGCGGCAGCUGCGCCGGACUGGCAUCGCGUGCAGACCACCGCUGCUGGCCGAGGGCAAUACACAGGGUGAGAAGCAAGCAGAAUGACAGAAACCCAAGCAAACGCCUUGUCUUGGCAGACUGUCUAAUUCAGGAGAAAGGAAUUACUAGCCUUAAAUUUUAUUAACACCAAGGGUUCUCCAACAGGUUAGUGUCUUAGUUCUUUUAACCUCUUUUCUUUAUGUGUAGGAUUUUCUGUUCAUGCUACCUUGGCAGGAAGCUUAUUUACAAACCAUAUGAGGAGGCUAACUUAAAUAUAAAUAAUAUAAAGAAUUCUGUGCAAAGCAGAGCUGUAUUACAGUCCAUUCCACAGAAGGUGCACCGUAUCUGGAGGAAGCAGGUUUGGAAAGGGGCAGGGGAAGGAAGCUGCCACUCAGACACCACAGAAGGGGCAGGGGACCUGGUAAAGGACAGGCUUCUCCUUGGUGGGCUUCAGGAUUAGCCUAAAAUGUAAGUGAAAAAACACUGCCAUUCAAAAGUCAGGGAAUCCAGGGUCAGCUGGGAGUCUGGCACACAGGUGCCCCGGGAACCUCAGCAUGUCUGAGGUCUGUAGCAGCUGGAGACG